AUGAAGAAGCUCUUCGCCCGCGACAAGCCCAAGCCCGCGCGCGUCGCCCCCGGCUCGCGCGACAUCGACGUACGCCCCGCCCCCGCGCCCCAUCGCGCCGCACGCGCAGCUGACAGCCACCACCAGCCCGACCACGCUCCCGCGCCCCCGCCCCACCCAUACCUCCCCCCAGAACCCGUCCAUCGCCGCCCGCCGCGCCCCUCGAACGAAGAUGAGAACUGGGAGGUCGUCCGUCAGUCACAGCUGCUCGAUGAGUUCACGAGUCCCCACGCACCUGCGCUCGCGCCCUCCCGCCAAUCCUCGCACGGCAGCCUGCCCCCGGGCGCAUCUCCUCCUGUUGCGAGCCCGCGAUCGCCGUCGCCGUACAGCGUACGCUCAAUGCAGGGCGCCAUCAGCAUGGUGUCGCCACCGCCCGUGGGAUCGAAGGAGCCGCCGCGGGAUACGACCAAGAUACGCAAGCAGCCCCAGGCGCACGGCGGCGCUAUCACCAAUACCCUACGAGCACUCGACCCGCCAUCCUUGGAACGAGAUGAAGUCACGACGCAGUCAGAGCACAGCCAGUCCGCGCCAAUGCCGAAGGAACCGGAAAAGAAACGCGGGUUCUGGCAGCCCAAUCUCUUUGGCGAUCGGACAAAGGACACCAAGAGGGAGGACGAUGGCGAGCUUACGAGAAUGAUUGGUUACCUGACGGCCACAUCGUCCGAAGAUUGGGCCCUCGUGCUUGAAGUCUGCGAACGCGCAUCUGCCAGCGAUUCUCUUGCUAAGGAGGCGGUUCGGGCACUCAGGCGCGAGUUCAAGUAUGGCGAGCCGCCUGCGCAACUGGCCGCUGCACGGCUAUGGGCGAUACUGCUACGUAAUUCCUCGGAGACCUUCAUCGCGCAAACCACCUCGCGCAAGUUUUUGGAUAGCCUAGAAGACGUGUUGACUUCAUCGCGCACAUCGCCCGUCGUGCGCGAGCGUCUUCUUGAUGUCGUGGCCGCAGCUGCUUAUGCAAGUGGGCGAACGAAGGACGGCAAGAACGAAGGCUUUCGGGGUUUGUGGCGCAAAGUCAAGCCAGCGGACAAGCCGGACGAGGGUGUCCCACUCGACACUGAAGACGUCAUGUUCACGCCUCCCUCUAACGGCGGUCGCGCAUCGCAGAUGGGGCACCCCGCCAACUACGAAGCACCACCACCAACUCACAGCUCUCCGCCCUCGCCACAGCAGGUGCGAUAUGAAGUCCAUCACAAGAAGCACAAGACGCCGUCGCAUAACCGCAUCAUACCACCAGAAGAAGACAUGCGGCGACUAUUCACGGAGUGCAAGAUUGGGCAGGGCAACGCGUCGCUUCUCUCGCAGGCAAUUAUGAUGCGCAAACCCGAGGAUAUGAAGUCAGAUAUCAUCAAGGAAUUCUACGUCAAAUGCCGUGCCUCUCAAGAACUCAUUUUCGCGCAAAUACCCUGGGCGUCUGCCAACGCCGAGCGCUCACGGGUGCAAAGAGACCACGAACAGCCGCAGUCAAGAACUCGAAAGGACUCGAAGGCAUCCAUCCUCACCGAUACAGACUCCAAUACAAGCGAGCAAACCGUGGAAGAGCGGCUACUGGCUGCGUUACUUGCAGCGAAUGCUGAGUUGGUAGAGGCGCUGAACCAGUACGACGAUAUGAAACGAAUCGCUCAAGAGCGCAAAGUGGAGAAGAGGAGUCGACAGGAGACCAGGAUGGACCGGCAUGUGAGUCUCGCGCCUCCACCCGCAGCACCACACGGUCCUCGCUCGCCUUCGAUACAGCAUCAUUCUCGAACACCCUCUCCUGCAACGCCGCCUCACCCACCCAACUCGUUGGCCAACCUGCCAAUACACGGACAGUCUCAUCACCAUCACAACAUUCUCGACGGCGUCGCGAGUCUGAGUAUUGGGCGGCAUACACCGGUCGCCAUAGAGAUCGACGAGCAGUGCGAUACGCCCAUUGAGCCCAGCUCGAAGCCGAGUGCGAAGGCCCUUGGCAAGAGACGGCAAGAAGAGCCAGACGCAUCAGAGAACGCGCCGAACGACGAUGAUGAGUGGGAACACAGUAGUGAUCUGUAUGUGCGGAACGAGGACGAGGAGGACGAUGAGGAGAAGGAGAGGGAGCGGCCGUGGCAGAGGCAGCCAGUGCACUAUGUGUACGACGCGGUGGCAGAGCGGAGAGCAGAGCAGCAACGAAUAGCGGAGCAGCUGAAGGGCACGCCCGCGCUCGUGAACGGCGUACGCUGA